ACUUGGCAGUUCGCGGCACCCGUGUUCUCCUCAUUGACCCCGGCGAGACAAUGCCAGCAAGGUCGCUGGCUGCCAGCACCAAAGAGCCACGACCAAAUACCACUUGCUUGCGGCGGCAGCGGCAUUGUCCACGUCUGGGUCUGCGUCGAUCACAACAACAACAUCACCGAUCGAGUUGUCGUCAAACAGAGUAUUCCUGGCGCGCUGAGUUAUCGUAACCCAGCCUAUUGGGUUGCAGGAGCAGUUGGUGGAGAGCCCCUCGAACACGAUAUUGCAAAUGAUCUCCAUCGAUGGUUACGAACGAACCACCCUGGACAGGAGAAGUUCAUCAACGAGUGUUUGGGCUAUGGUGAUGUUAUGUCUGGUCAGCCUAACUUACCUCAAUGGAAGCUGUACUAUGAGUAUUUGUUAGGUGAUCUACCUAAAUGUAUCGAAGCUCAAUGGCCGACGUCNAAGAUGCGCAAGCGUCCUGGACGCUUGACAAGACAGAGAGUUGCGAUCGAACAGAAGCCUUUUCCCGAAGGAUUCUUGUGGGCUUUGUUCGAAGCACUCGCCCAAGUUGCUGUGGCCAUGGAUAUGACAUGCAAUCUGCAAACACUGGGAGACUUUGGUAGCGCCCGACGGACCGAUGCUCAAGGCCAAGUGAACAGAUAUGGCAUGGGACCACAUGCAGAGGCUUUUGCUUCUCCGGAGCAGGACUUCGAUGACUUCGUGUUGCCAGGACAGCACACUGUGCAAUUCUUCGACCAUUGGGACCCGACUCUCCCGCCCAGCACACCAGGCAUGAGACCAGGAGGCUACGUCCAGAGACCUGCAACGAUCACAUGCAAGACAAACAUCUGGCAAAUAGGCAUGCUGAUGCUGAGUGCUCUCCGCCUCGAGCCAGACCUUCUGGAAACACAAUGGCGGUGGCGGCACCAAGAUCCUGUCUAUGCAGCUCAAAUACCCCAGCAUCGAGCGAUGGGCUUUAGACCUGGAUUCGCAUCUCAGCCUAUGAAGAUGAGACUCGAUGAUCCUCGGUCGCAAAGAUACAGCAGACAGUUGUUGACGCUGGUCAAGAAGUGUAUCAGGGUGGAUCCUGACUACAGAAUAACGCCGCAACAACUGCUUCAGGAGGUGCACAUUAAGAUGGUUGGGAAGGAGGGCGGUAUGAUGAUGGCAAGAGGCAGAUUCCCCUGGAAUCAUCCUCAGGCUAUCAGAAUGAGUCUCAACGAUAGGUACAAGGUCGGAAAGAAGCCUUAUGUACCACGGAGAGUCACGUAG